AUGUUUGUCGUCGCCGCCCUAGUUUUCCUGAUCGCGGUUCUGUGCCUUCCCUUCCCCCUCGGUGCGAGCUCUUGGUUGGACACAAACUGGCUCGGGAAUGAAAACGUCACGAACGUGCUGCUUUUCCACGGAAUGCAGUUCAUUCUGCUGGUGACUUUACUCACGAAUCUCGUGCAGUUCCUGGUCUACACCAACAGCGCUAGAAGUAGGACGACGAGGAUUUCUGGGGGCGAUAGUGCUGCGAAACAAGAGGAGUUGAACAAUUAUUGUGGUAACGUUUUGAUCCCCGCAUCUCGUUCUUCGGACGAGACCGGGGUCAAUGUUCCAACCACGACUUCUACGACGAAGCCUGGAGAGGUGAACUUCUUCCACCGCCCACCGCCAGCCGGUGGGGAAGACGCUGUUUUACUGUCUGUGAUGCAGGAUGAUCCACAGCACGACGGAACAAGCCGGUACUACGGGACGAAUGGCAUUUUCAUGGCGUCCAACAAUUCAUCAUCAUCCCUGACGGCCUCGCUGUUGUCUUCCCGGAAUUAUCGAGUGGACGCAGAUGAAUCGGCACUUCAUGCGAAAAUAAACAGCACUUCUUCUUGUUCUAAACAAUCCCAGUUCAUCCUUCCUUUCCUCUACGGCACGACGGUUCUCGCGGUUGUGGGGCUGGUCACCCCCGCGGCGCUGAUUGUGCUCUUCGACACGCACUUGCUCCAGGACCCGCGCCCGCGCCUGAGCCAGACCGCCGCGGUGCUGGGCUACUCGGCGCUCAUGGCCAGCUGCUGGCUGCAGCUGAAGAUGGGAACAAGUGCAGCUGCCGCGGCGGUGGGAGACCACGACCCGCAAAUGUCUUUAUCUGCGAAAAGAACAUCGGCGGAUGAAAUAAACUUCGUCGUGUCGGAAUCCUCUUUGCUGCAACCGAACUGCACCGCGGUGUCAAGCAGUGGACAAAACCGCCAGACUGCAACUACUGCGGCACCACACGGGAAUAAUUUCAGGGUCGCAGGAUGAGUAUAAGGAAUUCCCAGUACUAGCAGGGGUCUCUUUUGCCAUGUACUUGUGGUUAGUUGCAGAUCCUUAUCCUUUUUCUAUACAGUUUGGCGUACUUGCUGCAGACAAGUUCUUCGUUUUUUCCCCUUGAAGAUGCGCAUGCUGGGUCGUGCGGAUAAUUCUUCACAUAGAAUCAUUUCAAUACAAGAACGUGCAACUUAUCGAAAUGUCGAUAGAGGACAUCACAUCAACAUGCAAAGAGGAACCAACACCCUGGCGGGAGCCCAUGAGGGCCAGCGCUUGACAGUGUCCAAUUUAUUCCUCGGUGGCGCGCUGCCGACCGCUGUGUGAUGCUCAUGCCUAGUACCGCUUCAAAGUAUUAAUACGUCGCUCUCGCGGCCUCGGUCACCGUGCUUUCCGCAGGAGGAAUCUUACUCUUAGGUCGUAAAAAGGGCUUCUGAAAUACAGCAGUAAUUGGCUUUCUGGCUCAGAAGAUGCUUUACUUAAGUAGAGAUGCUGGUCACGACCAUCGGUAUCAAAG